AUGCCCCAACCUGUAUCCUCCACUCCUAAGCGUGCUCCUCCUCCACCAAUACCAACGUUUGCACCCGAGCCAUGUCCAGAAACUGAACCAUUGUCAGAAACUGCACCAGAGCAUGAACAAACACAGGGAGCCACUCAUGCCGAACCGCCAUCGAAACAACAACACAAACAGCGUGGUCUAAUGCGUGUUAUUGGUGGCUUAUUCAAGCGUAAAUGUAUCAGCAAAGAGGAUACUUCCAUUUCCAGUGACAAUGAAGCGUCACAGCGUCGUACGUCAUAUGUAUCACGCUGGUCACAUCGUCAGUCGCUGCCUGAUGCGCCAUAUGAGGUGGUAGCAAUGAUGGAACCAGCAACCGCUCCCAUCCAGGAGAUUGUUACGACGUCUUCUUCGACUCACAUGGAUGUGCCAGUCUCACAACGAUUAAAACAAGAGAAGGUGGAAAAGGUUAAGAAGGAAACGAAAUUUAAGCAACCGUUUAUCAAGGCCAACCCGUCGCCCCGUAAUCCGUCCAAGGUAGCAGUUGAAUCCAGUGAUGAGUCAGGAGCGGAACCUUUACACGUCUCCUUUUUGUUUUUUGGAGGUAGCGAUGCUGACAGUACAUUUGAACCGGACUUGAGACCAUCUGAAUUUGACGAUUUGCAUGAGAAUGAGAUUCGUCCGUCAUUGCAGACGAAAAUGCCGGUAUUUCUGUCGCUGCCUUUGAUGAAGAACAUGCGUCGCAGUUGUAUUUUGCCCGAUCCAAAGGAGUACGAGUUGUAA